GUUCAGGCAUCAUAACGCGGUGCUGAAGGAGGUGAGGAGGAAAACAGAGGGGAGAGAGAGAGGGAGAGGAUCGGAAGUUGGAUGGUGCUUUCCUUUGUGGCCGCGUCUCUGCGCUCGCGAACAACGACCGGGUUCAUCCGUGAUCGGUGGACUCGCACCGUCUGCUGCCGUUUCGCGCCUACUCGUCCUGCUCUCGUCUCACACACGGUCCGCUCCCACUGCGAACCGUCGCUCGGCCGCGAUGAUGGAGGAGUCGGUGACCGCGUUUGAGACACAUCUGACGGCUGUCAUGGACAGUCUGAUCCGAGCCUCGGUCUGCGAGAUCACCAAACUCUUCCAGGAGACGGUCAACGACUACCUGGUGGAGCUGUCCCUCAACAGGAAGGAGAACGAGGCUCUCAAGCUGCGGCUCCGGCUCACUGAGAGCAAGCUGAGGACCGAGCGCAUGUACGGGCUGGGCUGGGCUUCCAAUCGCCGCAACGCCGGGCUGGCAGCGCAGGAGGAGGAGGGAGCUGGAGGAGGGCGGCAGAAACGGAAAGUUGAAGGGACCCGAGGCAAGUCAAAGAAGGGCCCGGCAGCAGCCUGUGGCAAAGGCUGGCCUGGAGGUGUGUGGGAGGAAGAAAGAGGUGGAGGUGGCAACAGCAAUGGCAGUGGUGGUGGGGGCGGCGGAGGAGCGAUGGGGAUGGCAGCAGGAGGAAGAGGAGGGAAGGAGGCGAGGGAGCUGUACCUCAUCCAGUACCCCGGGGAUGACGAGGAUGAGGGAGGAAUGGCGGAGGACGAGGCAGGGGAGGGCAGCCUCAGCGGUGAGGGGGAGGAGACGGCCAACAUCAAAGAGGAGUUUGCUCAAACAGAAGGCUAUCAACCUGCCUCUCUGCGGCUUAUAAAGGAGGCGUUGAAGAUGGACCUAUCCAACCAGAACUUCCACACGAGCUCCAGAGCCGAAAGCGAAGGAGACUUGUCCGAUCGUCCCCCGAGCCUUCACCCAGGAAAGAGAGAGGAGGACGACUGGGAAGUGGGUUCACAAUCGGAGCCAUCAGAGAGCGGCAUGACCAUGGAUGAGUUGAGGGGUCUAGAGUCUGCACUGAGGGCAGAAAGGGGGCGCGAGCAGGCUGCCAUGAUGGCCUCCCAGCCUGGCAGCCCUGUAGGUGUGGCACGAGGGAGCAAAAUCAACCUUGCACCCAAGUACAUCGGUCUUGAUGGUAUGGAGCACGAUUCAGAGCAGGAGCCUGAGCCGCCCACUUUGCAGAGAGAGGACCCUAUAGGGCAAGGGAGGGGGAAGGACACAGUGAGGCCGGGAGGGGAGCUGAUGUCCGGCUGGUCGAAGAAGUUGAAAGACGGCGACUUGGGAACGGAUAUAAAUGAAGAGGAUGCGAUGGAGAAGGGAGAGGCGGAGCAUAUGCCCCACUCGUCUGCUUCUGGGAGUAUCGGCGAGAGCGGAGGGGAAGAGGAGGGUGGCGGAGACCUGCUCCACUUCUGCCCACAGUGUGGAGGAGGCUUCACCUCAGAGGCUGAGCUGGACGAACACCCAUGUCCACUAGGAGGCGCCCACGUACAGAGCAGCGGAGCAGAGGACGGUCUUUUCCCCUGUGCCCACUGUGGCAACACGUUCAGCCAUGCCUGGGCUCUUAAGAACCACGAGUGUGCCUGCGCCGCCGAACGGCCACACUGCUGCGAAAUCUGCGGGAAGCGCUUCACACACUCGCGUUCGCUGGAACGACAUCACCUGGUGCACACAGGCGAGAGGCCCCACCGGUGUCCGCAGUGCGGACGCAGCUUCAGCCGCCUUGGCAACUUGGAACGGCACCAGCGGAUCCACACGGGCGAGCGUCCGUACGGGUGCGAGGCGUGUGGAAAGCGCUUCAGUCGCGUGGAGUACUUAAAGAGACACCAACUCAUACACAACAGUGAAAAGGCAACACUGCAGUGCUCCAACUGUGGGAGAGGCUUCAGCGACGUGGAGCAACUGAAAAACCACCAGUGUUUUUAGAGACGCUGGCAAAAACACUGAAAACAUGGAUGAUGUUGAAUUGAAUGUGGUGGAAUUCUGACUCUGGCAGGAUGUGAAGCGGAGCACACUUGGAAGUGGACGAUUUUCGCCGAGUACACAACAAGACGACAAAAUGUCAACAGCUUUUACUUAUUUAUGAUGAUCAAUAAAUGGUUCAGUUUUUUAAAAACCCUUUCUAUCUGUAUUUCACUCAUGUUAAGUCAUAGCAAAGGCCUUGUUUUCCUCUGACCGUAUCACUGACCGGUGUUUUUGUAUGUGCUGUUGACCAUAUCCUAAAAAAUAAAUAUUUCAAUUAAUAAGUCGA